AUGCCAAAAAUACACAAUUUUGGUGCCGGCCCGGCAAAAUUGCCUGAGGAAGUGUAUGAAAUUAUAAGGGACGAGUUAACGAACUUUAAAGGAACUGGAAUUAGUUUAAUGGAAACAAGCCACAGGACACCUACUUAUUUGAAGUUUAACACCGAAGUUCAGGAUAUUGUAAGAAGACUUCUAAAUGUACCAGCCAACUACAAGAUAUUAUUGUUGGCGGGAGGUGGACAAGGCCAGUUCGCGGCUGUUCCUCUCAACUUGAUAUCGAGAACUGGGACGGCUGAUUACGUGGUCACAGGUGCCUGGUCAGCGUUAGCAGCCAAAGAAGCGAAGAAAUAUGGCAAAGUCAAUAUGGUUGUGCCAGCUACAGACAAAUAUACAGGGAUCCCUGACCAGUCUACAUGGAACCUUGAUCCCAAUGCAUCAUAUGUCCAUAUUUGUGGAAACGAAACUAUCCAUGGUGUUGAAUUCGAUUUUAUCCCUGAUACAAAGGGAGUACCUCUAGUGGCUGACAUGUCGUCAAACUUUAUGUCAAAGAAAUUGGAUGUUUCUAAGUUUGGAGUAAUAUAUGGCGGUGCCCAAAAGAACAUUGGUACAUCUGGUGUAGCCCUGGUCAUCGUCAGAGAGGACCUUCUGAACCAGGCUCUGCCCAUUUGUCCAAUUAUUUUGGACUGGACUGCCAAUGCAAAGGCCGAUUCUAUCCUUAACACACCACCUAUGUUCGCUAUAUACGUAAUGGGAAAAUGUUUAGAAUGGAUCGAAAGGAAGGGAGGUCUUGAUAAAAUGGCUGAAUUGGCAAACAUCAAGGCGUCACUAAUUUAUGACCUGAUCGAGCAGUCGAAUGGCUUCUACUAUGCCCCAGUUGCCAAAGACGCUAGGAGUAAAAUGAACAUUCCGUUUAGAGUUGGCUCAGCUGGUGGGGACGAAGCUUUGGAGAAAGAGUUCUUGAAGGGUGCAGAGGCGUUGGGACUUAUACAAUUGAAGGGACAUAGGAGCGUGGGCGGCAUUCGGGCUUCGAUAUACAACGCCGUGACUGUGGAUGAGGUGGAAGAUCUGGUCAAAUACAUGAAGGAGUUUUACGAGAAGCAUGCCAAGUAA